GAUAAAACAAGCUUGGUAAAUCAGUUACAAGUGGAACGUGUCCAGUAUUUUCUCAAGGGGACAGAACUACAGCCUGUUUUUAUUCCAGAGCAACACAACAUUUGCCCUUUUAUCCCAGAUCAACACUGCCGACUUGCUUGCUCUGCAACAGCCAGGAUGGCAGAUUCAUUGGAUGAACACAUGGUGGAAAACUACACCGCUGACUUAGACAACUUGCCACUGACAACAGAAUUUGAUUACGACGAUGCAAUAGCAUGCGUGAAUUCUGAAGAAAAGAAUUUUGCAGCAAAAUUUCUGCCACCGCUUUACUCUUUGGUGGUGAUAUUUGGCCUCCUGGGCAACAUGCUCGUUGUCCUUAUCCUGGUAAAAUACAAGCGACUGAAGAGCAUGACCGACAUCUACCUGCUCAAUUUGGCAAUUUCUGAUUUGCUGUUUAUAUUUUCCCUCCCUUUUUGGGCUUACUAUGCUGCCCAGGAGUGGAUUUUUGGAGACGCACUCUGCAGAAUUCUCUCAGGUGUCUACCUCCUUGGCUUCUACAGUGGGAUCUUUUUCAUAAUCCUGUUGACCAUAGACAGGUAUCUGGCCAUAGUGCAUGCAGUGUUUGCUUUAAAAGCCAGGACAGUUGCCUACGGCAUCCUCACCAGCACUGUCACUUGGGCUGUUGCUCUUUUAUUCUCUCUCCCAGGAAUCUUUUUUCACAAAAGUCAAAAGGAAAAUUCACGUUAUACAUGCAGCCCUCAUUAUCCAAUAGGUGACUCAAUGAAUUGGAAGUACUUUUGUAUUUUAAAGAUGAACAUCCUGGGACUUAUUUUUCCAAUGAUCAUUAUGAUUUUCAGUUACUCCCAAAUUCUAAAAACAUUAAUGAGAUGUAGGAAUGAGAAAAAACAGAAGGCAGUCAGACUUAUUUUUGUGAUCAUGAUUUUUUACUUCAUCUUCUGGACACCAUUUAAUAUUGCUUCUUUUUUGUACACCUUUCAAACUUCAUUAUCUCUCAGUACUUGUGAAAUUAGUGGUCAACUGGGGAAAGCAAUCCAAGUGACAGAAACCAUUUCAAUGAUCCACUGCUGUAUCAACCCUGUGAUCUAUGCAUUUGUUGGAGAAAAAUUUAGGAAAUAUCUUUAUACCUUUUUCCGAAAGCAUGUUGCAGCUCACCUCUGCAAAAAAUGUCCAGUUCUUUAUCAUGAAAAAUUAGAAAGAGUUAGUUCCACAUUCACACCGUCUACUGCAGAGCAUGACAUCUCAACAGGACUGUAAAAACUGCAUUGAAAGGUUAAGUAGUAAACUUUGCAACACCCUCUUUGUCUUAAGGACUGCAUGACAUUAUUGUUUAAGAU